CCCGGUGGCCGAGCUCCAGUAACGUAGCGCUGAACAAUAAGCAGUGGGGAGCUCGAUUCCUGGACUGGGUUACAGCCAAGGAGGUGGUGGAGGUGAGCGCAAAUAUUACAAACAAAUCACAAUAAAAUACUUCAAAGAAAAGAAAAAACAGCACAAACUGUGGAGUGGACGGGAAGCCAGUGGCUUACUCACGGGGGGGUUUGUGAGGUGUUUUUUCCCCCCUCACACAGCCCGGUCGGGUGCUGUUUAUUCUUUGCGGUGUGUGACACCCCGAGUCCGCGGAACGCAGCUGCAGCGAGCCGUGCUCGACCGCCUGCAAAAGAGCGCAAAACAUGGCACAGACAGGGAUCCUUGCCUCCGUGCCACCGGAGCUGCCCUCCUCAGAGAGCCGCUUGGUUGUGACGUUCCUCAUGUCUGCCUUGGAGUCCAUGUGCAGAGAACUGGCCAAGUCGAAAGCAGAAGUGGCCUGCAUCGCCAUGCAUGACACUGAAGUGUUUGUGGUCGGGACGGAGCGGGGAAAAGCCUAUGUCAACACAAGGAAGGACUUCCAGCAGGACUUUGUGAAGUACUGUGUAACAGAAGAGGAGAAGCUGACCAGACUGCAGGCGCUGAGGUCCUCUUCUCCAGAAUGUGAACCUGAGGAAAUAAUCGACAUAGACGCUCUGGAGAAGGCAGUGGAGGACCUCUUCUGUAUAUGUUACGGUAAAGCCUUGGGGAAGCCCAGUAUUGUACCUGUGCCGUAUGAGAAGAUCAAAAGCGACCCCUCGGCUGUUGCAAUACAGGGUCUGCCGGACGGAGUCUGCUUUAAACACCCUUCAAGCUACAGCAUUUCAACCCUGAAACAAAUCCUGGAGAGAAAGUCUCAGAUCACAUUUGUCAUUAAAAGGCCGUUUUUGGAGGCAAAGAAAGAAAAAGAGGAGCAGGGCAGUAAAGCAUCAGGCUGUGGAAGUGGUUCAUGGUCUCCUAGCAACUUUGUGACGGUGGAGGUAAAGACAGAACCCCACGAUGAUCAAGGGGAUUUGGAAAUGACCGCUGUGACGGUGAAAGAAGAGAUCGAGGAUGAAGAAACCCAGCACCCCUUGACAGGCAGUCAACCUGGGGGAGACUCCAGUGAGGAAACUGAAUUGGAGGGCCCUAUAGAUGAUUCAACCCAGCAUUUCUCCUCUGAAACGAGUGAGGACCCAGAGGUAGAGGUGACCAUAGAAGAAGAUGAGUAUAUGCCACGAAACAAAAGACCAAAGAUUAUAGCCAAGGACGUACCCAGCGAGCCGGCCACCACCAGCAAAAGGAAAGUGAGGGAGUUUAAUUUCGAAAAGUGGAACGCCAGGAUUACUGAGCUGAGGAAACAAGUGGAGGAGUUGUUUGAAAAGAAAUAUGGGCUAGCUAUCAAAGCCACGGGGCCGGUGUCUGUCCCCUACCUGCUCUUCCAGUCCCACAAGGAUGAUCUGUUCGUAGAGGGGCUGCCGGAGGGAAUCCCCUUCAGGAGACCCUCCACUUACGGGAUCCCGCGCCUCGAGAGGAUCCUGCAAGCCCGGGAGCGGAUCCACUUCGUCAUUAAGAAGCCGGAGCUUCUCAACACAGUUAGAGAAGAGCUCCUAUUGGAUAACCCUUCCUCACAAGUAAGAGAGGAGUGGUAUGCCAGGAUCACCAAACUCAGGAAGCUGGUGGAUGAGCUUUUCUGCAAGAAGUACGGGGAGGCCCUUGGCAAGCCGGGCCCCCUGCCCGUCCCGUACCAGAAAUUCGAGGCCCAUCCGCAUGAGCUCUUUGUGGAGGGGCUGCCGGAAAGCAUCCCGUUCAGGAGCCCCUCCUGGUACGGCAUUCCCCGUCUCGAGAAGAUCCUGCAGCUCGGCAGCACGCUCCAGUUCAUCAUCCGCAGGCCUGAACUGUUGUCCCACGAGCAAAUUGACACAGCCCAACUAGCACCCAGCACAGAAGUGAAGGAAGACUGGAACGUCAGAAUCUCAAAGCUGAGGAAACAAGUAGAAGAGGUUUUCAAUUCCAAAUUCGCUGAAGCGCUGGGUCUGCUGGAGCCAGUCAAGGUGCCCUACCCUGUGUUCGAGUCCAACCCUGACGUCCUGUUCGUGCAGGGCCUGCCCGCGGGGAUCCCCUUCCGCAGCCCCACCUGGUUCGGGAUCCCCCGUCUCGAGAGGAUCGUACGGGGCGGAUCGAAGGUCAAGUUCGUGGUCAAGAGGCCUGAUCUGGUAAUUCCAUUUUUGCCUCCCGGUUUAGCAGACAAAAUCAAUACAGAAGGUGCUACUAAUCAAGAAGGUGCUGCUCCAACCCUCGCCCAGACGAAUGGCUCAAACACCCCCUUCAAACCCAGAGGAAGGGAGUUCUCUUUCGAGGCAUGGAACGCCAAAAUAACUGACCUGAAGCAGAAAGUGGAGACACUGUUCAGUGAGAAGUGUGCGGAGGCCCUGGGCCUGGCUGAGCCAGUUAAAGUCCCGUACGUCCUGUUUGAGUCGUUCCCCGGGGAUUUCUACGUGCUGGGCCUCCCCGACGGAGUGCCCUUCAGACGGCCGUCCACCUUCGGCAUCCCCCGGCUUGAGAAGAUCCUGCGCAACAAGGCCAAGAUCACCUUCGUCAUCAGCAAGCCUGACAUGUUUGAGGCAGCCGUGAAGGAAGCAGCUGCAAACCGUCCCAUAACAAGGACAAGCUUUGGAUCCUCAGCUUUAACAGCAACAGAAAAACCCACAACGGCUCAAAUUCCAGCAUCAUCAGGUAAAAGAGGCCCCAGUACAGCACUGGCCAUGGAGGACCUGAAUAUCAUUCAAGUGACCGUCCCAGAUACGGAGAGCGAGAGAUUGUCCAAGGUGGAGAGAGCUCGGCAGCUGAGGGAGCAGGUGAACGACCUGUUCAGCAGGAAAUUCGGUGAGGCGAUCGGGAUGGAUUUCCCAGUCAAGGUGCCCUACAGGAAGAUCACCACUAACCCGGGCUGUGUGGUGGUGGAUGGCAUGCCCCCCGGAGUGGCCUUCAAGGCCCCCAGCUACCUGGACAUCUCCUCCAUGAGGAUGAUCCUGGAGUCGGCCAACUUUAUCAAGUUCACCGUCAUACGGCCUUUCCCUGGACUUGUCGUCAGCAGUCAAGUUGUGGGUUCUAGUGAGAUAGGUUCUCCGGCAGUGCAAGGAAUGAUUGAACAGAGCAAAGCAGGCAUGCCUUCAGCACAAGGUAGCACUGUUAGUCUGGAACGGGGUUGCGAACACAGAGGAUCUUAAUGAAGCUGGGGGUGUUACAGACAGCAUGGCUUUCCAGUCAUUUAUCAGUGGUCUAAUAUACCUGUACAACAACAUUGCCUUCAGUACAAACCUGCGAUUUUCUAUUUUGUACCAAAAGAUUGCAUUCUAUGUGAUGUGUUAUUUUUCGAGUACCUGCUAUCCUGUCAUUGAGGUACAUUGUCUGAUGAUAGAAUACAGUCAGUGCCACUGGUGGGUAAGACAGGGCUAAAGUAGAAUUAGAAGAUGACCUGUAAAUCUGUAGAGAUUUCCACAGAAAAAGAAACUUGAAAUCUGAAUAUCAUCAAUGUGAAAAUCACCCACGAUCUGCACUAUAUACAGUAGUUGUACUUUAGCCAAAGUCUUCUGAAAACUUUAGUUCAUUAUUAUUAUUAUUAUUAUUAUUAUUAUUAUUAUUAUUAUUAUUAUUAUUAUUAUUAUUUAGCUUAAAUCUGGUCAGGACCGAUUUAUUAGGUUGAGCAGAUCAAGACACCAAAAAGUUCCUUUUAAGAUGUUUGUGUACCUUGACCAUUUAUUUAUUUGUUUUGCUAGUUGAUGCCAUUUAACAAAACACAGCUAUCGGAAAGACAUGUUAUCUGAAGUAAGGGAAUGAAAUGCAGAGAUUUCUGAGCCAGAAAACAAAGAUUUUGUUCAAUAAUCCUCCUGUGUAAGUACAUUGGUUUCAAAAGGCAAAACUUGAUUCCUGCAUUUUACUAGAAGUCAUUAAAACUGAAGGAGUCCCAAGUUUUUGUCCGACAAGACAAAAGCUUUCGGUUGGUCCUGGUUAAGGCAGGGAUUGGUGGCAAGUAUCCAAACAACAGUGGUGGAGAAAAUGUGUCCGGCACAGAGCCCUGAUAUUUGGUAGGUACAACCUCCACAUUGUCGUGACUUCCACUGUGGCCCAUAGGUGACCAAGAGGAACUAUGUGAGGGUUCCUGUGUGGCUUGUGGCAACUCUACAAGCAAAAAGCUAAUUCUCUUGUUGAGUAUCAAGUGACUGUAUAACCCAUCCUGUACGUUAUAUCACUUACUGUAUAAUCCACCCUGUACAUUAGUACAUUACAUCACGUACUGUAUAACCCAUCCUGUAACAUUACAUCACUUACUGUAUAACCCACCCUGUACAUUGCAUCACUUACUGUAUAACCCACCCUGUACAUUGCAUCACGUACUGUAUAACCCACCCUGUACAUUACAUCACUUUGGCACAAUGCUAUGAGGCAAGGCAAAGCCUGUAUAGGUAAAGCUUAUGAAAGGGAGGUCAGCAUCAACUGUACCCAAUUAUCCAAUGCCUUAGUGAAUAUUUCCAGGUGUGGAGGUUUAACAGCACAGGGCUCACCUUCAUUUUGUUUAACAUUCCUGUUACGUUGAUGCAUUUCUUUAGGCUCGUUCUGUAUGUGUCAUUUAAGCAAGAAAAUUAUUGUAAGCGUCUCUCCUCAGAAACAGAAAACAAAAU